UUUUCAAUAGGUCGCUUUGGUCGUAUGAUCCGGUUCUUCAAGGAAUGAGGAAGUGAGAGAAGCGGGAUAGAAGUUAGAAUAAUCUGUAUACACGAAAUACGUUUUAGUGAAAUUUGCUUGCAUGGGGAUAGAUGGCAGAUCUUCAACAAAUCAUUUAAAUUAAAAUAUAUAUUUCGCUAACAGCGCAAUCGGUAAAGGGGAAAUAAUGGCGAACGUGAUUCCAGUAUCCUGGCCUCGAAGAAUCCCUGCUUUCUUGCUCAGCCCAUCUCAAUUCUUGUCCAGCACAACAUCCGAGAGCUUUCUAGAAGAACUUCUCCAUGAACUGAGGGAUGACAGGACCAACGAAAGCACAAAGAUCUUCUUACUGUCACCACUGUUAGAGUACCCCACUGUACUUUGUCCAACCCCAGCAGCAGCAGAAGAAACAGCUUUGGAACUCCUAGCCAUUUUCAAUCAAGUGCCUCACAAGUCAUUCCACUUUAAGGAUCAGCUUAUGGUAGCUAUUACAAGUGUCUUGUUGUGCACAUCUUGCAUGAAUAGUGAGGUGGCCAGAAGCUUUCUUGACAUGGUGUUUCAGAUGAUCCAGGACACCAAUGAUCACAAAAAUGGGCAACAGUUUUUUUCUGCCAGGUUGAUUGCCUGUGACUGCCUCCGGGAGAUAGAGACUUGUUUUCCAGGGUUUCUUUCUCAAAAGUUAGAAACACUUAGUCUCUUAAAACAGCAAGAGACCACACCGCUACACCAAGAGUACAGUCUUUUAUAUACAUUGGGACUGAAGAAUGCUAUUCAUCACUUGUCUCUGCAAAAGGGAGUAACAGAUGCUGAAUUGAAAAGGACAAUAAGUGGAAAUGAUGCUUUUGUUUGGAAUGCUUUUGAAACUGUUCUUGCCCGUUUACCAGUGAACUUAAUGGAGAACAUUCCUGUAUUACAGACAAGCACUGACAACAAAGAGCUUAAGUCUGUUGUAUCCUUGCUGUUAGAAGAGUCCUACCUGCUAACCCCUGUUUCCCAGGCUUUUUUACUCAGAGAGCUUAUUGAAAUUGUAGCCAUGAUGCAAGCCCUCUCCCCAGCCAUGUUCAAGUCUCAGCUCCUGCGCCUUUUUGGUACUAAGGAAAUCACUCUGCUACAUGCUACAUUACUAAUGAAGAGCACCUUCACAGACAGCCUGUUCACUACUGAGGAUGAGAUUUUCUUCCUAAAGCGACUGGUGGGCAUGGCUCAGCAUCCAUUAGUAAACAUUCAGCAAAAACUGUUUUAUGUCGACUGUAUACUUAAUUUUCCAGAAAAUCGGCCGAUUUCUGGCAAUGGAGAAGAAAGCCUGCCAGUACUUGUGACACCUCAGUUGGCUGCAUCCUUACUGCCCACUGUGUUUAACGACAGCAAGACUAUGCUUUCUAGGUUGCGUCUUCUCAGCUUGGUGUACAUGGAAGCAGAUGAGAGCGAUGACAAAGGUGUUGGCUACUUGUUCCGUCAUCUGAUGACUCUGUACAAAGUUGUGGACAAUAAUAGCAAGAGAGAGAUGACCGUUACAUAUUUUAGAGCAACUUUUAUAUUUCUCAGCUAUUUUUACCAUAAUCUGAAAUUUAUUGAUAACCUGACAAAUAACAUUUGUGAGCUUUAUUCAAGACACUUUUACCUUGCACCAAAUCUGAUCAAUCUAAUUGAUAAAAUCCAAGAAUGUUUGGAAGAGUCUGGGUGGCCUAUCCAGCUACUGAAAGCUUUACAGAGACUGAUUGUGGAAUUACCUCUGCCACUCAUGACCCUUACAAACCUAAAAUGGCAUCUCAAAAUACUGAGUCGAGUGUCCAGGGAAAGUCAGAUUCCUCCAAGGGCCUCACUCUGUUUUCUGCUCAGUGUCCUCAUUAACUCAAGCCUUUGCAAAACAGGUGGCUGGAAGAUGGGCAAUGCAGUGCUCAUUGUGUGCUGCAAUUCACUCCAACACCCUAGCUUGCAUCAGGUGUUCAGUGAGCUAGCUGAUCUCCUGCAGUACUUGAUGUAUAACUAUGAAGACACAGAUAUUCAAGACCAUGCAAGAUUCUAUUACACAUUGUUGAAUAAUCUAUCUCAAGAAAAGCUAUCUGGGGUCUUGGCAAGAGGACCAGAUGUGGAGAGGUCUGCUAAAACAUGCUCCCUCUCCUCUAUCAUGCCAGAGACUGAUGGACUGUCCAACUCUUUGACUGUACACCAAACAAAAAAUAGAAUCCUAAAACUCACAAGAGUCCAAAACAUCAGGACACAGAAAGUGAUGCAGAAAACAAAGUCAGAGAGCCAUGGAGAUUGUCCGACAACUUAUGAGGGAGAGUAUGUCAGCACUGGAUUGGUUUCCAAGAUGAUCCUGGAGUACCAUCUGAUACAUGUAGGUGAUGUAAAUGCUCUAUACGACAAACUCUUUAGUAUCUGUCUACAUUUUGACCUGACAGACUCCUGUUAUGAAAAAGUGAGUGAUAUUAACAUUCCGUGCCUGUUCAAAAGCAGGAAGCCACCUGUGGUGCGGCUUGCACUACAGCCUCGACAGCCAUACCCCACCCACCUUCAUGUCUGUGCCGUGUUCAGUACAGAUGACGGGAUGUCCUGGUAUACUCAGUUGGAUGAUUUACUUGUACCUUUCUCAGAUUUAUUUGUACCCUUGCCUGUCCCAGUGAACUGGACCCAAGAGUCCCAAGAACAACUCUUUGACCAUCUCUGGAACUCCAUGUGCCAAGAUGAUUUCAGUCAAAAAGCCUCCAGUUUGUUUUGUUUUGAUCUUGGAGGUCGGCAAAUUUCUGACCUUGUUGAGGAGAAUUUCAAUCCCUACCUAAUCUCUAAGCAACCUGACAAAAAGUGUUACAAAGUCCUCUUUUACCUUCCCCCUCAAUACCAUCUGUUGCUGAAAAUUGUAAAUACAGAAGAUGCAGGUCAAGUUCAUAUUGCUACUGACAACUGGGAACUUUUGCCUUUCAUAAACGAUUACCUAAAAACAGUCACCUAAAUAAGUCAACCUGCAAUCUGCAGCCUAGUCUAAUUGUUUAAGAAGAAGAUAACCAUAGCAGAGGGUAUAUUUUUAAAACACUUUUAAUGCUUAAAUUAUUUAUGUAUACACUGAAUUCUUUCCUAUAUUAGAAAUUAAUGCCUUUCUGGAUUCAUUGUGGGUGUGUAUUAUUGUCAGUUUUGUUAUGGAAUAUUUUUGGAUACGUUUGGCUGUCAUCGGUAACACCAAUAAUAUUCUUUAAUAAUAAAUUUGAAUUGCAAAAUA